GACGACAACAGAAAAAAAAGAAAGAAAAAAAGAGAAAGCAAAAUUGGUUGUUAGGAACGGGAAGAAGAAAGAAAAAUAGAACUGCAAAAGAAAAGGAAGGAAGAAAAUGAUGAGGCAGUAUUCUUUGAGUCUCAUCCCUCAGGCUUCUUUGCCUUGCUUUUCUCCCCAUCACGCCAGGAAUAGCGUUAUUAUCAAGAGCACAUUUACAUCGCCAAAGUUCCUUUCUAGUUUCCAUGUUGCACCAUCAGCUCAUCACAUUACCAAGCAACAUAGCCACAACAAGAAGCAGCAAACAAUAUGCAGCAGCAGCAGAAUUCUGCAUAUCUCAAAGGCUAAUGAUGAGGGCUUCUUCAACAGCAGCAGCAGCAGCAACUUGUCCAUUCAACUUGGGGCACUUGUGGCCAUUCUUGUGCAGCCAGGAGCGGCAUAUGCAGUUACAGGGGUGAAUAAUGAGGAAGAUCUUACCUGGACUUUGAUCCAAGUAGCCAUUGUUGCCUUUUGGUACUUCAUCAUCAUGCCUCCUGUCAUAAUGAACUGGCUGAGGAUAAGGUGGUACAGAAGAAAACUGCUGGAAAUGUAUCUGCAGUUCAUGUUUGUCUUCCUCUUCUUCCCAGGGGUAAUGUUAUGGGCGCCAUUUCUCAACUUCAGGAAGUUCCCAAGAGAUCCAUCAAUGAAGUACCCUUGGUCUAAACCUGAAAAUCCUUCCCAAAUCAAGAACGAUUACCUCAAGUACCCUUUUGCCUCUCCUGAAGAUUAUGAAUAACAGAGAAAAGAAAACAACAAAGACGGACCUGAGAACCUCUUC